AAGAAAGAGUAGCGAUUUUGAUAACGAAUCCGGUGACAGUUUAGCUUCAACAACGCCCAAAUCAGCCGAUUAGCGCCCGCCUCCUUUCUCCGGUCCGGCGGUCCCCUUCCUCGGUUCUUCCCUACCACGCCCAAGUCGCCGCUACUCGUGCUCCACCUCAUCCCCUCCCUUCCGUUCUCGCGAUCCGGACUUCGCUUAUCCUCUUUCCGCCUUCUAUCUAUCCCACUCGACAAUCACCGGUCGGCCUUCGGCGCCGGCGCAUUCUUCUCUCCAUAUUCCAUCGCGGCGGCGGCGCCACCGAGCCGGCUGCGAUCCGCCGUGGCGCGCCUGACGCGCGCGGAAGCGGCAACACGCCUAGGAAAGGGGAAUCUUUCCGCCCGCGCGCCACGCGUCCCGGGCCUCCCGGCGAAGAACCUGGUCGGUCGUCCUCGUCGCCGCUGAGCUGCUCAUGUUGGACCCGAGAUCCGAAAUCUACCCCACCAUAGAGUAUCGCCCUAUCCAGCCCUCCGACCUCGAAGCUCUUGAGAAGAUUCAUCUAGCUCUCUUUCCCAUAAGGUUCCUUGUUCUUGCUAUUAUCAUUUCGUUGACCUCGAAGUUCUUGGAAACUAUUGCUUCUUAUGCUCCGUGUUCUUGCUUAUACCGUUAUGGCGUUGUACAUAUGUACGAGAGAGAGUUCUUCAUGAACGUUGUCAACGGGCAUGGUACUGUUUCCUGGGGCGCUGUGGACACCAGCAGAUCGGAUGACCACAGGGACGAGAUAAUAGGUUUUGUAACCACGAGGAUGAUCGUGGCAAAAGAUAGCGAGAUUGAAGACUUGUUUAGAUAUAACAGUUCACGCAAAGAUCUAACACUUGUGUACAUACUGACACUGGGUGUUGUGGAUAGCUACAGAAACCUCGGCAUAGCAUCUUCACUGGUUCGAGAGGUGAUUAAAUAUGCAGCAAGUAUAUCAAAUUGCAGGGGUGUUUAUUUACAUGUCAUUUCAUAUAACCAGCCUGCUAUCAGCUUUUACAAGAAGAUGCUAUUUAAGCUAGUCAGAAGACUUCCAUUGUUUUACUACAUAAGAGGGCAACAUUACGAUUCAUACUUAUUUGUUUACUAUGUCAAUGCGGGUUGUUCACCUUGCUCGCCGCUGGAGAUUGUAACUUCAUUUGUUGUUGACUUCAGGGCUUUCCUAAAGAUGCUGGUUGCCAAGUUCUGGACCAAAGAAGACCAUUGUAAUCCGAGAUGGGACAGAUGUAAGGAAACGACCACCCUCUUGACACCACAGAACGAUAAGCGGAUCAUCAGUGGUGAUGAUACCAGAUGUCAUGUCUAAUUUAGGUGCCGCGACCAUGUUUUUUCUUGUUCUUUUGUGGAAACCUGGGUUUCUUGAAAAAUAUCGCUUGCAAUGUUGUUGUACGCUUAAAAAAACUUGACCAAGUUAGGAGGAACUAUAUGACAUUAUAAAUAAGAAGAAAUAAGUAUCUAAAUUUGUGUUAAAGAGGAUUUGAAUCUAGGUGAUCUAGGUGCACAUUCAUAUCUUCAACUAACUGAGUUAGGCACAAUUCCUAAUAUUUUUAAAAGGUCUUGAAAGCCAACUACAGUCCGCACGUUAUUGCUGAGUAAACAUGUCGUGACCACGGGGAACACAUGGUGAGGUUUUUCAAAAACCAAGCUCGAGCUUUGGUUGGUAGCUUCACGUCUGGAGAUUUUAUCAUCACGUUAUUCCUAUGUUCUCUGUUGUACACUUCUGAUAUGGGUAUAUAAUUUCUCAAUAGUUAUAGCCACAUUCAAUGUAAAGAGAGGGAAAGGAAAAAUCACUAGUCACCUGGUUCUUGGAACAUCGGAUGGCAGUAAUUAGGGAUAACAAUUUUAUCUAUUUAUCUAUGGAUAAAUAUCUAAUAGGGUUAAAUUUGUUCCUUA